AUGACUCUUUCUCAAGGCCAAAAGUUCCCCUCAGGCGUUAACUUCGCCUACGUGCCAAUUGACUUGGCUUCUGUUCUGGAGGAGUCUGCAUUGGCGUGCUCCAGACCUCUUCCUUUGAGUUUGGACAAGUUGAUUGAACAGAACAAGGGUGGAAACAUCUUAUUUGUGUCUGUUCCAGGUGCAUUCACGCCAACAUGUACUGAGAACCACAUUCCUCCAUACUUGAGCCACUUGAAGGAAUUGAAGAACAAGAACAUCACCACCGUGGUAGUGUUGAGUGCCAACGAUCCAUUUGUCAUCAACGCAUGGGGUAAGUUGUUGUUGAAGGACGCCUCUUUGGGAGAUGUUUCCGGCUUGCCUAAGGUGAUCUUUGCCUCGGACCCUAACGCAGAGUUCUCGGUUUCCAACGGAGUUUCCUUGGACUUGACCGAUAAGGGUCUUGGUGUGAGAUCUGCCAGAUAUGCCUUUGUUGUAAAUGCUGACUCUAAGGACGUCAGCUACGUUGGCGUCGAGCAGGGUGGUGACGUUGGUGUUAGUGGCUACGAGGCUGUUUUGGAGGCUAAGUUGUAA